AUGAUCCCAAGGUUGAAUUGUCAAGUAGUGACUAAGGAUUGCCUAGGAACCCCUCUACCAAAGCAUGUUGGCCCAGUUCCAUUGGGAGUGGUAUUGUGUGAUUCUGAAACGAGCUUCUUCCAAUCUCCUAGCCAUAACUUUGAAAUGGGUGAGUAA